GUCGGGCCGGACGGCGUGGGGCGGGGCGAGGCGGUGGGCGCGGCCCCGGGACCCGAGGGGGGCGGUCCGAGCGCGGCGCGUGACGCGAGGGCGGGGCGGGGCGAGAGCUGACGGCGCAGCGGAGGGCGAAGGGUCCAGGCAGACCCGGAGCUCAGGUCCGGCGGGGCGUCCCGCCCCGCGUCCAGGUCGCAGUCCAGCCCGGGGGACGGGCGUGGGACAGGCGCGGGCCUGUGUGUGCACCCUACCUCACCCCAGCCAUGGCCCCGGUCAGCAUCAACGAGCUCCCCGAGAACAUCCUGCUGGAGGUGUUCACGCACGUGCCCGCCCGCCAGCUGCUCCUGCGCUGCCGCCUGGUCUGCAGCCUCUGGCGAGACCUCAUCGACCUGGUGACCCUCUGGAAGCGCAAGUGCCUGCGUGAGGGCUUCAUCACCGAGGACGGGGACCAGCCUGUGGCCGACUGGAAGAUCUUCUACUUCCUACGCAGCCUCCACAGGAAUCUCCUGCGCAAUCCGUGUGCCGAAGAGGAUAUGACCUCCUGGCAGAUCGAUUCCAACGGCGGAGACCGCUGGAAGGUGGAGAGCCUCCCCGGAGACCACGGGACGGACUUUCCCGACUCCAGAGUCAAGAAGUACUUUGUCACAUCUUUUGGGAUGUGCCUCAAGUCCCAGCUGGUGGACCUCAAGGCCGAGGGCUACGGGGAGGAGCUGCUAGACACGUUUCGGCCUGACAUCGUGGUUAAGGACUGGUUCGCCGCCAGAGCAGACUGUGGCUGUACCUACCACCUCCGCGUACAGCUGGCCUCAGCCGACUACAUCGUCCUGGCCUCCUUCGAGCCCCCGCCCGUGACCAUCGAUCAAUGGAACAAUGCCAAGUGGACGGAGGUCUCCUACACUUUCUCAGAUUACCCUCCGGGCGUCCGCCACAUCCUCUUCCAGCACGGGGGCAAGGACACCCAGUUCUGGGCAGGCUGGUAUGGGCCCCGCGUCACCAACAGCAGCAUCGUUAUCAGCCCGAAGAUGACCAGGAACCUGGCCCCCUGCACAGCUCAGCCUGAGACCACAGAGGGGUAGAAGAAGGUUGUCUGCCUGCCCUCCUUCCCUCACCUCAGAAGGCCCUUCUGACAGCCUGUCAUUUGAUAGCCAUUCAUCCGUCCUCUGUCUGGGCCAACUGACUACCAAAGGUCUCCUCCGGCGGAGCGUGUAGCCGGCAGCGAGGGCCCCUGCCCCUGGAGCUCCUGCCCCAGUUCCAACCUUGGGGAAACCCACCAGUUUGUGGGAGCCCCCAGUCAUUUGCUCUGACAUUUUCUCACAAUAAAUGUUUUCCGUAAAACCA